AUGACUUCACUACUCAUUGCACUCGUUGCUUGUCCAGCUCUUUUAGCUAGUAAUGAAGCUAUCAGGCAAGGACAGUCGAAGGAUCGAAGGGAGGAACAUCGCGCUCGAAGAUGCAACCUCAUUGUCACUUGCGCUUCGCCGUCUAAAAUGAGUAGCGAGAUUGAUCGCCAAAAGGUGGUUCUCAAGAACAACAAGCUGUACAUCAGCACUGGGACAAGUGACAAUCCAGGGCACCCAUUCGCAGGAUACUACCUGCCGUACCCUGAUGCGGAAUAUGAAGGAAUUGUUUCCAGCAUUACGGAUGUAGCUCCUAUCAUGAACUGGAUUUACGUCGACAAAGACACCUAUGAAGUCAAAUAUGGGGUACGCGUAGAUGCACAACCAAAUAUCACUGGUCCAUUCAGCUGUACCAGACAGGACAGGAGGAUGACAUUGGAAGGCUGGGAAGGGUUCGUUGCGGUGAAGAAUAUGGAAGGAGAUGGACUGUGGUCAUUGUAUUUUGAUCGAGAUGAUGAUGGAUUGAGAGAAAAAUUGGGCCUGGGGAAAGUCGUCUUGGAGGUCGAGCUGUCCAGAUGGGAAGUGCGGAUGCCGAGGCCGGAGGGUCCUCAAGGAUGGAGGAAGACAGAGUAG